AUGGCGCAUCUUUGUCCUGUAAAAGCUCUUGCCGAAUGGAUGGAUGUAUCAAAAAUCUAUUAUGGUUACUUGUUUCAAAAGAUGGACAAAAGGGACCACCCAAUUUUGGCAAAGAGUUCACCCAUGACCGCUGAAGUUUUCCUGGAGCUCUUUUGCAACAACCUUUUUGAUAUUGACAUAUCACCAUAUGCCUAUGGUACACACUCUUUCCACCUUCGUUGGUCUCUUUGGCAGAUAUGCGAAUGGGGAGGGUGGAGCACAGAAUUCACUCACUUGACAAUUUUUUUCAAGCUUGAUCGUGAGCCUACACUCAAGUGUUGGACGUGUGGUCAGUCAUGCCCAUGUGCAUAG